AGCUAUGUUUGUACCGAUCGUCCUGGCAGCCGUCUGCCUUGCCAGCAGCACGGUCUUGGCUGCAACUGACAAGCCAUUCUAUGACGUGGAAGACGCUGAGAACUUGUUCGAGAGUUUUCUCCAAGAGCACAAUAAAGUGUACAAGAACCGGAGGGAGUAUUACGAAAGGCUUGGCAAUUUCAAGAAAACUUUGAAAAACAUAAAUGAGCGAAAUGCCAAGUUUCCUGAUACUGUGUUUGCAUUAAACCAGUUUGCUGACUUAUACCCUGAAGAGCUACAGAAAUAUAAUGGCUUCACACUUCCAACCAAUGUGAAGGGUGUAGUACUCCCUGACGGGCCGACUCCGACGGAAGAUCACUUUGACUGGAGGGACAAGGGUGUUGUUUCACAUGUAAAGUACCAAGGAUUUAGUCUUAGCUACAUCUUCAGCGCUCUUGGUAAUAUUGAAGGGCAGUACGCCAUCAAACACAAGCAAUGCCUAGCCUUUUCUGAAGGGCAGGCUUAUGAAUGCCUCCGCACAGGAAAUGGAUAUUAUUGGCCGCACAAAAUUAUGCAGGAACUUGCUCAGACAAAGAAAAAGUUAGAAAAAGAAUCAGACUAUCCCUUUGACGAUGAAAAAAGAAAUUGCAGUGAAGACGCCAGUAAGGGAGUUGUGCUAGUAACAAGUGGUGAUAGGAUCGAAAUCGCGGAUGAAGAAGAAUUGAAGAACAAAUUGGUAAACUUAGGACCUCUGGCAGUGGGUAUAAGUGCAAAUGACUUAGCCAGUUACUAUAAAGGCAUACUAGAACCAUCCGACUGCAUAGGAGAUACAAAUAACCACUCCAUGCUCUUGGUCGGCUAUGGAGAAGAAAAAGGGAAGAAGUACUGGAUUCUUAAAAACUCGUGGGGCGCAUGGUGGGGAGAAAAGGGCUACGUGAGACUGUUGCGAGGAGUGAAUGCUUGCGGCAUGGGCACCGAAUACACCGCCCACUCCCAGGUGGCUUAGAGUCUGCCGUCACUCCCAGCCGUUCACAUCACCGUACAUUCUUUGAUUGCAUGUUGCUUCGGUUAACAUAAUGGAUAUCUUCAUUUAAAUCUAUAAUCAAUUUAAAAUUCUCUAUCUAUGGUAAACUGCAAAACUCAUUUCAUUUGGUAGCU